ACGACUACGGAGAGAACGAGAAGAGGAAACCAAAGUCCGCUCUGCAACCCAAGAGAAGCAUCUUUUACAACUUCAGCAUUUGGCUCAAAAGGCUGCAACAGAAUUCUCCAAAGCAGAAAAAUAGAAAAACCACCAGGAAACCAGCAGGAUUGGAAGCAGAGAUCUGAUCAGAUCUGAAGUGGAGCUCAGCUUGACCCUCCUGCGCAGCGCAAAACAGCCGUUAAGUGUCAGGACAGGUGAAAAAUGCUCUGGAGAUUGACUCUUGCCGUGGCUGUGGUGUGUGUCGGUGGCAUAUGCAACUGUGUGCAGGCUGACCUGAUGAGCAGGCUGAUCCUUCCGAGGGACUACGGGGUGAAACUGUGCGGGAGAGAGUUCAUCCGAGCAGUGAUUUUCACCUGCGGCGGCUCCCGGUGGAGACGGUCCACAGAGGGGGACUUAGAUCCCUUCCAGUGGAGUUCCCUCAGUGACGUUACAGUGGAGGACAACCAGCACACCUGGCAACCCGGCGCAGAGAUCACAGAUAACCCCUCUCCUUUCCGUAUUGCCUCCGCUUACUCCCUGGCAGACCUCCUGGCCCUAUACGGGCAGCAGCAGUCGCUGAGUGACCCAGCCCUGCUCGAGACGUCGCAGCCGUCCACGGCCGAGCGAGACGGGAGUCCAGCCGCUGCUAACUGGCCCAUACCGAGCAAGAGGAAGAGGAACUUUUCUCUGGGUGUGGCGGGGAAGUGCUGUAACCAGGGGUGUACCAAAAAUGACAUCGGACGCUUGUGCUGA